AUGCAAAGACGAAAAGGAAAGAGCAAUAGUAACCAUACAUACAAUGUCAAAAGCAAAGGGAUCAAAACACCAAUUUCAGUUGAGAAAAUAUAUAGAUCAGUUAAAAUCCGAAAGGAUCGUCAUGCGAAAGAUGAGAGAAAAGAGAUAAAGAAAGAAGACGAUGGUAUUGAUGGUGGCGGUGGUGGUAUUGGUGAAAUUAGUGGUGGUGGUAGUAGAGGUAUUGGUAUAAGUGGUAUUGGUGGUGGUGGUGGUGGUACUCUUGGUGGUAUUGAUGGUGAUAUUGUUAUUGGUGGUAUUGAUAGUGAUGUUGGUAGUGUUGGUGGUCUUGGUGUUGAUCCAGGUGCCACUUCUGGGGGUGUUGCUGGUGGAGCUGUUCAUGUUGGUGGUAGUCAUGCUGAUGCUGAUAUUGCUGCUAGUCAUGAUGAUGAGGAUAUUGAUGCUCAAGAAAAAUAA